AUGGAGGAAGCCCUGCAGGACCAAGAAUCCUGGGCUUUCAAUGACUCAUGGAGAAAUUCGAGCUUCCCAAACGAAACGAACGGUGUAAACCAAACAGUAAACCCGCUGAAACGGAAUGAAGAGGUGGCCAAGGUGGAGGUGACGGUGCUGGCACUGAUUUUGUUCUUCGCUCUGGCCGGAAACUUGUGCGUCCUGCUGGCGGUGCACACAGCCAAACAUGGUCAGUCGCGCAUGUACUACUUUAUGAAGCACCUGAGCAUCGCCGAUCUAGUGGUGGCAAUCUUUCAGGUGUUGCCCCAGCUCAUCUGGGACAUCACAUUUCGCUUUUACGGCCCCGACCUGUUGUGCAGGCUGGUAAAGUACCUCCAGGUCGUUGGCAUGUUCGCCUCGACGUACAUGCUGGUGCUGAUGUCCAUAGACAGGUGCCUGGCCAUCUGUCAGCCGCUGCGCUCCCUGCACAAGCGCAAAGACCGCUGCUACGUGGUGCUCUCCUGGGUGCUCAGCUUGCUCUUCAGCAUCCCGCAGGUCUACAUCUUCUCCCUCAGGGAUGUCGGAUCCGGGGUGUACGACUGCUGGGGGGAUUUCGUCCAGCCCUGGGGCGCGAAAGCGUACAUCACCUGGAUCAGCCUGACCGUCUACGUUAUUCCUGUGGCCAUCCUGAGCAUCUGCUACGGACUGAUCAGCUUUAAGAUCUGGCAAAACUUUAAGCUGAAGACCAAGCGGGAGCAGCAGGGGGUCACGAUGAGUCCGGCGGCGGCGCGCAGAGGGGCACUUUUUGCGCGUGUCAGCAGCGUGAGGCUCAUCUCCAAAGCCAAGAUUACUACCGUCAAAAUGACCUUCGUGAUCGUUGUGGCUUAUAUCGUGUGCUGGACUCCAUUUUUCUUUGUGCAGAUGUGGUCGGCGUGGGAUCCAGCUGCGCCCCGGGAGGCCAUGCCCUUUAUCAUCUCUAUGCUGUUGGCCAGUCUGAACAGUUGUUGCAACCCCUGGAUCUACAUGUGCUUUGCUGGACACCUGUUUCAUGACCUAAAGCAAAAUUUGCUCUGCUGUCCCAAGCUGUAUUUAAAGUCAUCUCAGUGUCGCUGCGAUCUGGAUCACAACUCCAGCCACAAGAGCAACUCAUCCACGUAUGUGAUCAAGAGCACCAGUAGCCAGAGGAGCAUCACUCAGACAUCUUCCACGUAA